AGAGAAGAAGUAACAAAAGAUAAGGAAGAGAAAAGAAAAAGAUGGAGAUGAGAGAGAUUUACAAAAGUGUUAUCUACGGGAAAGGAAUUCCCCAUUUCUUAAACCUAUUCUUCUCUUAAUUCAAACAUCUCCCGAUUUCUCCACUGAUUUCAAGCUUCUGCCAUGGUUGAUUCGCCGUCUCUUUCUACUUCCCACCGAAUUGAUGUGUUUUGGCACGAGGGGAUGCUCAAUCACGACACUGGCUAUGGCGUAUUCGACACCGGAGAGGAUCCAGGUUUUCUCGACGUGUUGGAUAAGCACCCAGAAAACUCUGACCGGAUUAAGAACAUGGUUUCGAUUCUCAAAAGAGGACCUAUCUCUCCUUUCAUCUCUUGGCAUUCCGGACGACGCGCACUCCUUUCUGAAUUGCUGUCUUUCCACGAUCCAGACUAUGUAAAUGAGCUAAUUGAAGCUGAUAAAAAAGGAGGGAAGGUUAUGUGUUGUGGAACAUUUUUGAAUCCAGGCUCUUGGGAUGCCUCACUUCUUGCUGCUGGUACUACGCUAUCAGCAAUGAAGCAUGUCCUUGACGGGCAGGGGAAGAUUGCUUACGCACUGGUUAGGCCUCCUGGACACCAUGCUCAGCCAACUCAAGCCGACGGCUACUGCUUCUUGAACAAUGCUGGUCUUGCCGUUCAAUUAGCCUUAAAUUCUGGCUGUGAAAAGGUUGCAGUUGUGGACAUUGAUGUUCACUAUGGAAAUGGAACUGCUGAAGGAUUUUACACGUCCAACAAAGUUCUGACUAUUUCACUUCAUAUGGAUCAUGGUUCCUGGGGUCCUUCCCAUCCUCAAACUGGAUCGAUCGAUGAGCUAGGUGAAGGACAGGGUUAUGGCUACAAUUUGAAUAUACCUCUGCCGAAUGGAACAGGGAACCGUGGAUAUGAAUACGCCAUGAAAACGUUAGUUGUCCCAGCGGUGCAGAAGUUCGAACCAGACAUGAUUGUCUUGGUUGCAGGCCAAGAUUCAAGUGCUUUCGAUCCAAACGGAAGGCAAUGCUUGACGAUGGAUGGUUACCGGAGUAUCGGGCAGAUCAUGUCGGAGCUAGCAAAUAAGUACAGCAGCGGAAGCCUCCUUAUAGUCCAAGAAGGAGGAUACCAUGUCACUUAUUCAGCUUAUUGUCUUAAUGCAACACUUGAAGGGAUACUCAACCUCUCGCCUCCUUCGAUAUCGGAUCCUAUUGGUUGUUACCCAGAAGACGAGGCGUUUUCUGUUAAGGUAAUUGAUUCCAUUAAAAGGUAUCAAGAUGAAAAUGUACCGUUCCUAAAAGUGUAGCAUUGUCUUGGUUGAUGCUUGUACUGUGGUUGGAUAGAGAUUUCUAAGUUUAGUUGACAUAAUCUUCCACAUGGCGUCCAAUGAUCUAGAAAACAAACACAUUUUGAUGCAUCAAAGUCACUUGUACUCUAAAUAUGAUGUAAACAAGGAUGAAGAGAUGUGCAAAUGGUUGAAGAAAUGAGUCUUAGUUUGUAAUGCA